GGAGAAUUGCGAGGAGGAAGAAGAAACCCCUCCCCUGCUGUCGAACAGUUCUCCCCAUUCCCCCGGGGAAAAUGAAAGAUUAGCCGAGCCCGAGAAAACAAAAAAAAAUCCAGUCUCCGGACCUCGUAUAAAUACACGAGCCCCACCCACCGCCCAAGAACCGCAGAAUCGAGCAGACGCCUUUCCGGGGUUUUCCCUCCCGGGCUUGGGUUUUUUUUCCGAUCCGGGCGGCGGUUUCCAGCGACAGUUUCUGGUCCCGUCUCUCAGCGUGGUUUCUUUGACCGAUAUCCGUGUGCUCUUCCUCCCUCGUUCUCGUUCCCGUUCGUCUCGUCGAUCGGAGCCGGCCGGCUUGCGUUCCUGCGUCGCUGGGAGGGAGAGCGGGUGGAAGCUUGGGUUCUGAUCGAAUCCGAGGCCGGGGCAAUGCGGAGGCGGUAGGAGCGGCCAGCCAUCGCUGCCCGGAGUUUGAUCCAUCCAAGGAGGAGGCCGCUUUCUGCGCAGGGACGCGACGCGACGCCAUGCUGCGCAACAGAUCGAGGAGAGCGGUUGGUGGCGGUGCCAAGCAAGGAGGAGGAGCAGGCGGCCUCGUGGCUGAGCCCCCCGCGGCCACGGCCGCCGCCGCGCAAUCGCCGAGGCAUCCGUCUUCUUCCGCUGCUGCUGCCCCCGUGUUCCCGUCCCCGAGGCCGUUCAUGGCGAUGGCGCUGCCCCAGGCGGGGCUCCUGGACGGCUCCUCCGAGGGCCCCUCGUCGGCCAUGAGCCCCACCUCCAUUCUCGAGACCAAGCAGUUCUGCUGCUCCGCGUUGCCCCCGUUCCUGUCGGAGCGGAGCCUCAGGCGGGCGCACCACGUGGACGCGGCCGCCGCGCCGUUGCCGGCCGGCGUCGGCCUCGCCGACGUGCUCCGGGACCACGGGGACGCCAAGCUCGGCGGCGGCAAGGUGGUGUUCGGGUCCCAGCUCAGGAUCCAGGUCCCCUCCGGCAGGGCCGUCGAGCUGGUGUCCUCCCCGAUCGAGUUCGGCGCCAAGAACCGGGACGCGCAGCUGGCGGUGCUGUCGCCCGCCAGGAGGUUCCUGCCGGAGGUGGUCAGCUCGCCGUCCGCCCGGGUGUUCGCCGGGGCCGUGGCGCCCGGGGAAAUGGCCAUGUCGGAGGACUACACCUGCGUCAUCUCGCGAGGCCCCAACCCGAGGACCAGGCACAUCUUCGACGACUGCAUAGUUGAGAGCUGCGGGGACGUGCUCGUCGAGAAGAUGGACAAAGGCGCCGGCGCGGCUGUGGCGAGUGGCUUCUUGAGCUCUUGCCACGCAUGCAACAAGCAACUUGGGCACGGCAAUGACAUCUUCAUCUAUCGAGGUGACAAAGCAUUCUGCAGCAGUGAGUGCCGGUACCAGGAGAUGCUUUUCGAUGAAGCAGUGGACAAUUUGCGCUAGACGAUGAUCGAAAAGAGGAGGAUGUUAGUGGAGGAGAAGGCACGAUGAUCCUGAAUAACCGAGACACGUUUUUUUUUUGCUUCUUUUUCUUCCUUUUUGUUGUGUCACCUUUGCGAGAUUGCAUUCUGUUUUUGGUCAUGGAGGAGGGAAUGAUUUAGUCUUUUGCGGAUUAAAGACCUUUGGCGCCCACUUUUGUAAGAGGUUGCAGAUUGAUGAUCUGGACUUGUUGUUCAUGCGACUUUCCUGGUUAGUUGCAAGUUCUGAUGCUCCUGUUCUACUUCUAUGUUUAUUCAUGUGACUCCCAGAGUGAAUUCCAAACCAAAUUGAAGAAAAGUUAGCCCCUUU